AGUUUUAUUUCUAAAAACAAGCCUGUUUUAUGAAGUAAGUUUUGAACUUAUCGAAAUGCGAAAAGGAUAGUUAAGAAGGGAAAAAGAAAGCUGCGCAGCGAGAAGCAGGUUCGAUACAACCAAAGCCUCCCAGUGCCCAGCUUCUCUGCUUCCGCCAACUCAAAUCAUCGAUUUCUCCACCCCAAUUCUCCCCAACUUAACUCAACUCAAUCUCAACUCUCACAUUUCAACUCCAAUUCUUCCUUCACAAACCCUAGCCUCUCUCCGCUCCUAAAAAAUGGCUCAAGUAGUAGCAACCAGAUCAAUCCAAUCCUCCCCACUCGCAAACCCUAGCUCCACUGCUCUUCACUCCCAAUUCCACAGCCUCAGACCCUCAAGUUUCGCUUUUAAGCUUCUCAUUCCUCGAAGAAAUGGAAACUCUGCUGUUCGUGCCAGCUUUUCAGUUAGUGCAAGACGAUCUGCUCGCGCGGAGCCUGAGGUUGUUCCCGUCACUCCCGCCGAUGUUCCCAAGGCAGACGAUGAACUUCUUAACUUACAGGAGCGUGCUGACACAUCAGUGAGUAUCUGGUCCAAGCCUGCGGUUAAGCGGAAGACAAAGAUUGUGUGCACAAUUGGUCCCUCGACCAACACUCGAGAAAUGAUUUGGAAGUUGGCCGAGGCUGGGAUGAAUGUAGCUAGAAUGAACAUGUCCCACGGGGACCAUGCAUCUCACCAAAAAGUAAUUGAUUUGGUUAAAGAAUACAAUGCUCAAUCAAAGGACAAUGUCAUUGCAAUCAUGCUUGACACCAAGGGACCCGAGGUCAGAAGUGGUGACUUGCCUCAACCUGUCAUGUUAUCUCCUGGCCAACAAUUUACUUUCACAAUCAAAAGAGGAGUUGGCACUGCCGAUUGUGUCAGUGUUAACUACGAUGAUUUUGUGAAUGAUGUAGAUGUCGGUGACAUGCUUCUUGUUGAUGGUGGUAUGAUGUCUUUAGUGGUAAAGUCUAAAACAGAAGACUCCGUCAAUUGCGAGGUUGUUGAUGGGGGGGAGCUCAAAUCAAGACGCCAUCUUAAUGUCCGAGGGAAAAGUGCUACACUUCCAUCCAUCACUGAGAAGGAUUGGGAUGAUAUCAAGUUUGGAGUAGAUAACAAAGUAGAUUUCUAUGCUGUUUCUUUUGUCAAAGACGCCGCAGUGGUGCAUGAACUAAAGAACUAUCUGAAAAGCUGUGGUGCGGAUAUACAUGUCAUCCCUAAAAUUGAAAGUGCCGACUCUAUUCCAAAUUUGCACUCAAUUAUUGCAGCAUCUGAUGGGGCAAUGGUUGCAAGAGGUGAUCUUGGUGCUGAGCUUCCAGUCGAGGAGGUUCCUUUAUUACAGGAAGAGAUUAUCAGACUCUGUCGUAGCAUGGGGAAAGCUGUUAUAGUGGCCACAAAUAUGUUGGAGAGCAUGAUUGUUCAUCCGACUCCAACUCGGGCAGAGGUAUCAGACAUUGCAAUUGCUGUUAGAGAGGGCGCUGAUGCAGUUAUGCUUUCCGGAGAAACUGCUCAUGGAAAAUUUCCUUUGAAAGCUGUCAAAGUCAUGCACACAGUUUCUUUAAGAACUGAAGCAACCAUAAAUGGUGGGGAGACGCCACUAAGUCUCGGCCAAGCUUUGAAGAAUCAUAUGAGUGAAAUGUUCGCCUUUCACGCCACCAUGAUGUCUAACACACUCGGAACCUCACUUGUUGUCUUCACCAGAACAGGCUUCAUGGCAAUCCUCUUGAGUCACUACCGGCCUUCUGGCACUAUAUUUGCCUUCACAAAUGAAAAAACAGUACAGCAGAGGUUGGCUCUAUAUCAAGGAGUUUCUCCCAUAUACAUGCAGUUCUCAGAUGAUGCGGAAGCGACCUUUGCAGAUGCACUGACAUUGUUACAGGAGCAAGGGAUGGUGAAAAAGGGAGAACAAAUAGCUCUUGUUCAGAGUGGCAGGCAACCUAUAUGGCGCUACCAGUCCACUCACAAUAUCCAGGUCAGGAAGGUUUAAGUGCGGAAAAUUUGAAGCUAGGAUAAACAGAGUAGUGGUUGUUGGAUCUUACAACCAUCAAUUGCGCAUCGUUUCCUUUAGCAGGCAAAUCUUACUGGUAGUGUACUUUCUUGCACCAUCUAUACAUGGCAGAUGUUGUCCAUUUUCUGUUGUAUCCUUCUCUGUCUGGUCAGCCUAUAAUGCAGUAUUAGAGAUAUAGAGUCAAAAAGCACAAGGCUAUUAGAGAGGAUUUUUGAGCUGCAGUUGUUUUAAUAAGGUGCUAGUUUUUUUUUGUU